AGAUAGUUAUUACACAAGGGAAAAUAUAAAAAAGUAUAACAUAACAAUUUUUUUGUACGUAGAUCAAUUAGUAAGAACAGAGUAUGUAUUUCAUAUGUACAUACGUAUCAACUUUGAAUUUUCAUACGUAUCAUUGAAUUGUAUACAUGAUGAAAUAUAUACCUUAUUAAUUCAUUGUUUUAAUGGUUUUAAAAAUGUUCGAUCGAACUUCGCGCAUGUUUAACAUUUGGUAGAUCACGUGAUUUAAUAUAUGAACGCAUACACUUGUUGCAUGUUGAUCGCGCGAUUUCAAAUAUUGUCAUAAAAGUAUCAGUAAAACAAAGAUUGUAACCAAAGUUUAACCUAAACACUGGUAGGAAUUGUAGAUAAUUACAUAUAUGUAUAUACAUAUAUACAAUGGUACAUGUUUGAAAGGUAUAUCAUAAAAAUUAUGAUUACAAUAAUAUAUGCAAUUCGUGUUAUGUCACUAAGUUAUCAUUGUAGUGUUUAAUAUAAUAUAUGUUAAACAACUGAUAUAUGUAUAUAAAUGUUUAUUUGAUUAUUUUGUAUGAAGAAAAAGGAGGUAAAGGAAUUAACAGUAACCAUGGCAGAUACGGUAUAUAAGUAUAUGAAAGUACAAAACAGACCUUAUAGUAUUAAUGAACUAGUAUCUAAUCUGCAUAAUGAAUAUGGAAAAUCAGCUGUACAAAAAGCCAUAGACAAAUUGAUAAAUGAGGGAAAAGUAUUUGAAAAAGUAUACGGGAAGCAAAAGGUUUAUUGUCCAGUCCAAGAUUCAAGCCACGACGUGGAAGAACUGAUGAGGAUAGAUAAAGAAUUACAAGUACACGCUAAUGAAGUUGAAACUAAAUAUCAGGAACUGGAUAAAGAAAUUAAAGUACAAGAAGCUUUACUGGUAUCAAUGAAGUCUAGUAUUACAAUUGCAGAAGCAAAGAAACAGAAAGGUGUGCUUGAAGAAAAUAUAAAGUUGUUAACCAAUAAGUUGGAUGAACUGAUGGAAGCAAGCGGUACCGAAGAUUUAACUGAAAGUAAAAGGAAAGCAGAGAAAGCAUUAGAUGAAUAUUCACGUGAAUAUGCGAAACGAAAACGUUUAUGUACGGAAAUUAUAGAUUGUAUCUUGGAAAAUUAUCCUGGUACUAAAGCUGAGUUAUACGAGGAAAUAGGGAUUGAACCAACAAUUAUUUAAUAACAUCAGUAUUGCUAUUUAUAAGUGUAAUAUAAUGUAUAUAAAAUAUGCAACUGUUUAAAUUAAUGACUAAUUGCUACUUAAUAUUUUUAAAUAUUUUUCUAUGAAUUUGCUACUGUGUUUAGUGUUAUAGUUAGUAUUGUAACUUAUGCACAAUGUAUUGAAAUUAUUGUUACAACUAAAUAUUUAUAAAAGUCAAUGUGCCUUAAUA